CCUUUACCUCCUGGAACUGCAAACGAUCUGAAACUGAUCAAUUUACGGUUCAUUAUUUGACUUGACAAACCCAUCAUGUAUCAUUUUGCUGGUAUUAUCUUAGUAGGAUUUAUUUCAUUUUCUUUUCUUGGUCUUCAAGUUCGGUCCUUUGUUGAAACCAUCUACUAUGAAGAAGAUUCUAUAUCGACAGAUAACUGUACAAACUGUUGGUAUGGAUGUGACCAAAUGACCGGUAAUUGUUCAGGACAAUGUAGCCAUGGUCAUUACAGUAACAAGUGUGAAAAGGAAUGUCCGUCCUGCUAUGAUUGCAAUAAGACUACUGGAGACUGUACUGCAUGCCGGAAUAGACACUUUGGAUCGAAGUGUGAAUAUAAAUGUCCAGAACAUUGUAUGGUUGGAUGUUACAUUUCUGGAAAAUGCUAUGUUUGUAAUGAAGGUUAUUGGGGGACAUUCUGUAAUCUUACAUGUCCUUCGCCCCAUUGCAGAAAUGGAUGCGAGAGAUAUACUGGAAAUUGUUCAGCCUGGGGUUGUUACGGUGGAUUCUGGGGAAAUGAAUGCAAUAGAACUUGUCCUCAAAACUGCGGAUACCCUGAUGGUAACGGAUUUUGUCAUCAACCACACGGUACGUGUCAGACAUGUGAAUCGGGAUACAGUGGAAGUAGAUGCACUGAACGAUGCAAUUAUGAAAAAUGCAGUUUAUGUCAAUUUGAUGUGACCACCUGUUACAACUGUGUUGAUGGAUGGCAUGGGGACCAUUGUGAUAAGAAAUGCCCUUCUCAUUGUAGCACGAAAAGUUGCUUGCAGCAUACUGGAAAAUGUCGCAAAUGUCAAAAUGGAUUUUACGGUCCAUACUGUGAUGGCAUGUGUCGCACCACAUGUGACACAUGUUCUGAUGCCUUUACAUGUGACACAUGUAAACCUGGUUUUCAUGGUGAAAAUUGUCAAGAAUCGUGUGAAAACAAUUGUAAAACCUGUCGGCGUGACGGAAAAUGCAAAACGUGUAAGAAUGGGUACUUUGGUGACGGGUGUAGUUGUCGUAUUUCGGAAUGUACCAAUGUUACAAAUGAUUUAUGUAGUGAUUGUAAAGAAAGUAUUGGUUGGUAUCCACUUAAAAACGGUUGCUGCCCUUGCAGCGAACACUGCAUACGAAAUAACAAUGGGCCACUUUGCAAUCAGACGGGUUGUAUAAAUGGAUGUACAGAAAAAUACUAUGGUGAUCACUGUAUAGAAACUUGUAGCGAUAAUUGCGCCGAAGGUAAUUUUUCAGCUUGUAAUAAUGAAACCGGGUCAUGCAAAAAGGGUUGUAAGCAUGGCUGGCAUCUUCCAAUGUGUGACUUCAAUUGUUCCUUACACUACCCUCACUGCAACAAGUGCUAUGAAUAUACGGACAGAAAUAAUGAGAAUCCACGAGCAACUUGCCAUUUAUGUAAAUCUGGACAUUAUAGCGAAUUUCUUACAAGUUUCUGUAAACCUUGUGAAAACUGUAUUGACGACGAAUGUGAUGGUGCAAUAGGUUUCUGUACUAAAGGUUGUCGUCAGGGUUGGUAUGCCAAAAGAGCUAGGUAUCUUUGCGAAAAUUAUUGCAGUGAAAAUUGUGCUGAUAGAAUGUGUGACGGCAUAGGUGGUGCUUGUAGAAAUGGGUGUGUCCUAGGGUUUUAUGGGAAGCACUGCGAAACGGAAUGUCCUAAAGAAUGUCUUAGUGCUACAUGUAAAAAUUCGACUGGAGACUGCACGAUUGGUUGUAAUUUAGGAUUUUAUGGAUGCACAUGUAAUUCUACAUGUCAAUCAAGAUGCGGUCACCAAGGAUGUAAUCAAGAAAAUGGUCACUGCAAAGACUGUAUUAGUGGCUUCUAUGGUAACCAAUGUCGACAGAAAUGUAACAGUACAUGUGAAUCCGGUUUAUGCGACUUCAAUACUGGGUUCUGCUUGCAUGGUUGUACGUAUGGUUGGGAAGGGGUAUUUUGUGAAGGUGAUUACAUCAAAAUUGAGUGCGUUAGCAAAUGA